AUGGAUAUGGAUGAUAUGGAUAUGGACAAUGAUAUUAUAGAGUCCGGUUCCGCCGCAUCCUCAUCCGAUGAUCAUCAAGAUAUUCAAACUCCAAUUGAAUCUCUUGAACCAAUACCUCAUGUUAUGAAACAUCCUCAUGGAUUACCAAUCCUUGAAACUUCCUUAUUACCAGAGGAAAGAUUAUUUUGGGAAGCUUACAAUACAACUACUUAUUAUAAUGCUCCAUCUAAGCAUAGAGCGGCCCUUUACGCACAUAUUAUUUUCGCUCUUUUAACUAUGGUAGUCAUUUAUCCAAUUAGUCUUUUAUUCAAUAAUUUGAAAUUUAAUACGUGGUAUUUGAUAUCUUUGACAGCUCAUACGGGUUGUAUACUUGUGUCAUUAUUAAAUUAUUCGAUUUUCAUAAAUUCAAUUGAAAGCCUUUAUCCUGGAAAUGCUUAUAAUUCAAUGUCAUGGAUUUUAUUAUUUUCUACAGUUAUUCAGUAUGUUGCAGCUCUUAUUAAUUUUGGAUAUAAAUAUCUUAAUAAUGAAUGGAAUUCUGUAACUUCAUCUCAAACAAGUGGUGCUUCGACUCCUGAUCAUUUUUUUCCCUUUGAAGAUUAUGAUGAUGAUAAUCAUUCUGAUUAUUCAUCUCCUGCUAUAACUUUAUAUGAUUUAUCUAGACAAGGUACAACUACAAAUUCUUUUGAAUUGAAUUCAGAUGAUCAUUCUAAUGGUCAGAAUAUGACAUCUACCAAUUCCAUGUUAUUACCAGAUAAUCAUCAUUUGGAUCAUUCACCUUCAACUAUUCGUUCAAAAACUAUUGUAUCUAAAGUAUUUACCUUAUCUAUCUUUCAGCAUAUCUCCAGUUCAAUUUAUAAAGUUGCUAAUGUGACCUUUAAUUUAUUAAAUUGGGGUCAUUUCUUUUAUUUUCUUGUCUAUAUUCCAACUGGUGUUGCAACCUUUGCCUUAUAUGGUAAAGGUCAAACAGUGUUUAACUUAUUAGCACAUUUCAUUAAAGGUGGUGUGUUUUUCAGUUAUGGUGUUUUAUCAUUGGCUCGUUAUUCUGGAGCUUUUCAAUCCAAAGGUUGGGCUUGGAAUCAUAAAUUUAUAAAUGAAUCUAGUGUCGUUUCAUCUUACUGGAAUAAAAUUCAAGGUCGUGGUCUUUGUACAAUGGAAAUGAUUGAAAGUGGAUUAAUUUUAUUCUAUGGAUCAACCAAUAUAUUCUUAGAACAUUUAUCUGAUGCUGGUCAAGAAUGGUCUCCCAAAGAUUUACAACAUGUUUCAAUUGCAUUUAUUUAUAUCGGAGCUGGUUUAUGUGGGGUUAUAACUGAAUUUAAAUUAGCCACUUGGAGGUAUGAAAAAUCUAUUGAAAACUUACAAAAUUUCGAAAGAUAUACUAGCAUUGAUAACCAGAUUCAAUCAAAUGUUUCAAAGCCAGGUAAAAAGUCAAAACUGAUAUUAUCAAAAGUAUCAUCAAGAAUUAUGAAGGCUUCGCCAGGUUUCUCACCAAAUCCAUUCCCAGUAGUAACAAUUUACUGGACUGGAAUAUUAAUGUCAUCUCAUCAACAAGCUAGUUCAUUAUCAACUGAAAUUCAUGUUCAAUGGGGUCAAUUAUUCCUCAUGGGAUGCAUUUUUAGAUUCCUUACAUAUAUUCUUGUGUUACUUACACCCCCAUCAACUAAAAGUUUAACUAAGCCUUCAAGACCUAUAACUGAAUUGGUUGUGAGUUUUAGUUUAUUGUGUGGAGGGUUAGUAUUCAUGGAAUCUACCGAUCCAGUUGUUCUUAGUUUUGAAUAUUAUGGAUUCACUUCUAUGUUCACUUUAAAUCUUUCAUUAGGUUUUAUCAUGUUAUUCAUGAGUUGGGAAAUGAGUCUUUUUGCUUUUAAGGAUUGGUUAAUUGGUAAAUAUUUUCAUCCAAGAAGACAAGCAUUAACUCAAAAUCAUGUAUAA